AUGAGUGCCAUUGCUAAGAAAAGAAACAUUGACGUUAAGAUAAACGGUGUCACGUGUACGAUGGACUGGGAUCCGGGCGCGUCAGUUUCCAUUAUAAGUACAGAUUUUUGGAAACAGAUCGGAUCACCAACGCUUAAAGGGAAGCCAAAACUACGGGCUUAUGGCAAUUUCGAUUUACCUUGCCAAGGGGAAGCUGCAGUGACAGUGACGCUGAACAAGCGAACGCGAUCUUUGAAAGUAGCCGUGGUGGACAACGCGAAUCCAAUGUUAUUUGGGUUAGAGUGGAAUGAGGCCUUCAAUUUGCCACUGCCCGAACCAGUGUACAACGUAGAUCGUGUCAACAACCACGUGCAGCCGACAACGAAACCACUGCAUCAGAAGUUAAAUGACAUAUUGGAAGAGCUAUUCGAAGAAGGACUGGGAAAAAUAAAUAACUACCACGUUAAAAUUCACGUAAAGGAAACAGCAACACCAAUACAUAUUCCAGCCAGGCCAGUCCGAUUCGGAAUUCAAAAAAGCGUGGAAUUCGAACUUGAAAGGUUACAGCUGCUUGGAAUUAUCUCACCUGUUGACCCCAACGAAACACCGAUCGAAUGGGCAACACCCACUGUCAACGUGGUUAAACGAAACGGAAAUAUAUGUAUUUGUGGUGAUUUUCGUGUUACACUGAAUCCAGCACUAGUAACAAUACGACAUCCAGUACCAACAUUCGAAAACAUCCGUCAGCAGCUUGCCAAGGGUGAGAAGUACACGAAAUUAGAUCUACGCGAUGCCUAUCUACAAUUCGAGAUUAGUCCAGAGUCAAGAAAAUACCUAAUCAUAUCCACACACAAAGGGUAUUUUCAGUAUAACCGUAUGACUCCUGGUAUAUCGAGUGCACCCGGAACAUUUCAAAAUUAUAUGGAAAAUCUACUUGCUGGCAUACCCAACGUUGCAAUCUAUUACGACGACAUAGGCAUUACAAGUCCAGAUGAAGAUAGCCAUCUAAGAUCAUUAAGAGAAGUUUUUAAACGUCUGCGUGAAGCUGGUUUUCGUAUCGAAAAGAACAAAUGUAGCUUUUUUCAAGACAGUAUCGACUAUUUGGGCCAUCAAUUCAACCGAAAAGGGAUCUAUCCAGUGGAAGACAAGCUGAUAGCAAUAAAAAAUGCUGCAAUACCCACUAACAAGAAGGAGUUACGAUCCUUUCUGGGAUUGGUCAAUUUUUACGAGAAAUUCAUACCCAACUUACAUGGAGCAUGUUCCGAACUACACGCAUCAACUGGUACAAAGUCGCAAUGGCGAUGGUCAAUAAAGGAACAGAAACAAUUUGAUAAUGUUAAACAUAUGAUAGCUAGCGCUCGUCAUCUAACUCCUUACGAUCUCACAAAACCGCUUUAUUUGGCAACAGACGCAUCCGAUGUAGGCCUUGGUGCUGUUUUAUAUCAUCAGGACGAGGCUAACAACGAGUUACCUAUCGCCUACGCGUCACGAAAAUUGAACGAAGCAGAACAAAAAUACGCUACCAUUGACAAGGAGGCAUUAGCAACAUUUUUCGCCGUGAAGAAAUUUGAUCCAUAUUUACGUGGGACAAAGUUUACAUUAAUUACGGAUCACAAGCCGCUUCAACACCUGUUGGGAGACAAACGAAAUUUGCAAAAAAUCGUAAACAACCGUCUGACGAGAUGGGCACUAAUGUUAGGUGCAUACAAUUACGAUAUACAGUAUCGUCAAGGCAAAUACAAUAUUCUAGCUGAUUGCUUAUUACGCUUACCAAACGCACAUGAAGCAAUUUCGGAGGAAGCGCAGAAGAUUCAUAAAAUUUAUGCGGUAAUUCAAACACGGAAGCUUGAUGAUAUUGUACUAACAGAACAGGAACUUAGGAAGCAGGCGAAACAUAACCUAAUAUUACGACGAGUAAUUGAGUUAAUUGAGCGUCACUGGCCAGACACGAAGUGUAUGAACAACGAGCUGAAACCAUACUACGACAAACGGGAGGAACUAUCAUACGAAAACGGUAUUUUGAUGUGGCAAGGACGAAUUAUCGUGCCCGAUAAUCUUCAAGAAGUAACAUUGAGGCAUCUUCAUAGAGGGCAUCCAGGCAUUGGCUCUAUGCGUGCGUCAGCGAGGUACUAUGUAUGGUGGCCGAACAUCGACAAGGACGUGGAACAUACAGUGAAAUCAUGCAUGGCAUGUCAACGGCAACGCCCAAAAUAA